GUUGGCCCUGGCACAACGGACAACACAAAUGCCCAGAUGUACGAGGAGGGUAGGAUGAAGUCUCCCGGGGCCCAGCCAAGUCUUGACCUGAGGACUGCCAGCAAGAGGGCUAGUGUUGAACCCAUCAUAUCAGGAGUCAUCCAGGUUGUGUUUCCAGAUACUGAAGGAAUGGGGAUUGGGAAGCAGCCCUCAUCAGCUCCAGGAGGGCCAGAGAAUGGAUCCACCCACAGAGAAGCAUCAGAGGAGGGAUCUCCAGAGCUCAGCACCCAGGAGCAGAGGCAUCCGGCAGGACCAAGGAUGAAGGAGUCAUCUUGGGCCGCCCAGGAGGUGCCCGUGUCCCUGCAAGCAGGCCAGGAUCAGGCCAUGCCAGGGAGUGAGCUGGGGGUGCUGCCUUCCAGGGUCCCUGCAGCGCAUGAAGGGCUGCAGCAGCCCGGCACAGGGAAGGAGACCGAGGACCAACAAGGGAGCCAGCAGAACCCAGGGACAGUGGAGGGUCAGGCCUCCGAGAGCUGCCAGGGUCCAGUGUGUCAGCCCACCCCAGGUCACCUGGCAGCAAAUGAGUCAGACAUCAUGCAGCCAACAGAGCCUUGCUGCACCUUGGACAGCUGUGCACAGCAACUGGGAGACAAGCCUUCCAAGGAGGUGGACACCUCCCCCAUCAGGCCACAGGGGGCUCUGCCAGAGCCUGGCCCAGGGGGACAUGGGGACAGUUCCCAGGAAGCAGUGCCCCUAAUGCCCACGGCAGUUCUGGAGGAAAAGACAGCCCACUCUUUCCCACCAUGCACACCAAGACCUAACACACCCAAAGAAAGGGGCGAAGCUGUGGAGACCGAGCCACCACUGGGGCCUGUUCGUCCAUCUGAGGUGAGGGACAUAGGAGAGAGGAGGGAGCUGGACCACAUGCGGAAACAGCCUCAGGAGACUGUGGUGGCCACAGGGACCGAGAACCUUAGGAACCCUCGGCCGGGCUUCAUAAAGUGCUUGCUGGAGGUGGAGGAGGAGGAGGCCAUGCAUCGGAGGGCCACCAAGGCUCGGGCCCUGCCAAACCGGAAGUCCCCCAGGACCCUGACCCCUGUGCCCACCUCAGCUCCAAGCCUGCCCCUGGCACUGCCUCACACCCCUGCCAUGACCCCAUCCUGGGCCCGGAUGCCAGCCCCUGGGCCAAUCUCUGCGCCGGUGGGAGCCCCAGUCCCAGCUUCAGUGCCCGUCUCAGUCCUGCCGGUCCCCACCUCAGACCUGGGCUGGAGAAGGACAGAACUUUUGCACCACAGCGGGGAGAGGAGACUGAACUACCCCAAGGCACGGCAGGAGCUGGAGGAGCACUGUCUCCUGAAGAUGUAUCAGACCUGGGAGGAGAGGUCCGAGGAGCACCUCACACUGAAGCAAGAGGAAGCCUUCCGCAGCUACUUUGAGAUCUUCAACGGUCAUGGCGAAGUGGACGCACAGAGCCUGGAGAACAUCCUGCUCCUUGUGGGCAUCUCCCUGACACCAGCCCAGGUGGAGGAUGCCCUGACGAGUGCUGAUAUCGAUGGAGAUGGUCACGUGAACUUCAAAGACUUUUUGGCCGUGCUGACAGACACCAAGCGCUUCUUCUGCUCUGUGGAACAGAAUGCCCUGACGGACAUGGUUCCCCCAAACCCCGACACUCUGCUCUUUGAGAUCCUGUCCCUGCUGGUGGAGAUGCUGGCCCUACCCGAGGCAGCCUUAGAGGAGAUCACCAGCUAUUACCAGAAGAAGCUGAAGGAAGGCACCUUUAAGGCCCGAGAGAUGGAAUCGGCCACAGGCCGGCUGCGGUCCCGGAAGAAGCUUGCCUACAAUUCCCAGCAGGCAGACAUCCUGGAAGUCCCAGAACGAAGAGUCCUCAGGAUCCUGAGCCAGCUGAAGCAGCAGAACUACGCUGCCAACCUGCAAAGCCCCUACGCCCAGGUGCCUUGCAUCCCACUCUGUCCACAGCUGGACAAGAAGAUGGCCCGACGGAAGCAGGGCAGCCACUACGUGCUGGACCAGUGCACCCCCACCAGCCUGGGCCCUGACACCCGUAGCCUCUUCUUCCACUCUGGAUCUCAAGGAAGCAGGGAACCCAGCUCUGACAGCCGAAGAUGGCUCAGCUCUGUACCAGCUCGAACCCACUGA